AUGUUCUUGUCGCCUAUCUUUGUUGCACUUCUCGGCACGCCAGCACUUGCUGAUGACAUUACCACCUAUGUGUACUCAGACGACCGUCAGUUCACAGUGACGUUUUCUGGGUCCAACAUCCAGCACAUAGCUACUACUAAGACGACCAUCACUGGUGAUAGGUCUACGAGAGAACGGACGUUCCUUACGUACACUGGAGAGGGGCCUCGUCCUACUGGAGAGGCUUCGUUGAACGAUACGGAUGAAAGUGACCCAGAAUCAGAUGCUGAGGAUUUGUACUCGUCUGACGAUGAUGGUGUUUUUAUAGGUAUGGACGAUGAGGAGGAUGACGAUGCCGAGGCCACCGGUAACCAGGGCGUUGGAGGCCAGAAUGCAGCGGGAACGAUGGCCAAUUCGGUUUCUGAAUCUGGAGCUGGAGCUGGAGCUUCAGGGUCAAUGACCAGUGGAGGUGGUUCAGAGAUGUCGCAGUCAAGUCCAGCUUCUUCUGGGUCAGAGUCACAAUCUGCUUCUUCUGGUGGAGGUGGCAGCGGUUCUCAGAGUUCCAGUGGCUCGGGAUCUCAAAGCUCCAGCGGUUCAGGCUCUCAGUCAGCCUCUAAAUCAGGCUCUGAAUCAGGUUCAGGUAGUUCUGCCUCGGGAUCUGGAGGUUCUGGAGGUUCUGGAGGUUCUGGAGGCUCUGAGUCUACUGGAAACGAGGGCUACAUGGCCAAUUAUGGACUUGGGGCGCUUUUGGCUGGCGCUGCCAUGGCUCUUUUGUAA